CCCCCCCCCCGGCCCCCAGCCAUGGGCAACGGGAUGAGCAAGGUCCUCGAGGGCCUCUACCUGGGAAACAUCCGGGAUUCAGAAGACAGAGAGAAUCUGGCCAAGAGCAAGGUCACCCACAUCCUCUCCGUGCACAACAACGCUCAGCCCGUGUUGGAGGACAUGUCUUACCUCUGCAUCUCAGCUUCGGAUUCAUCCAGUCAGAACCUGAUACAGCAUUUCAAGGAGUGCAUCUCCUUCAUCCACCGGUGCCGGCUCCAUGGGGGAGGAUGCCUUGUUCACUGCCUGGCUGGAGUUUCCCGCAGCACCACCAUCUUAGUGGCUUAUCUUAUGACAGUGACCGACUUUGGCUGGGAAGACUGCUUGUCGGCUGUCAAGGCUGUCCGGUCUUAUGUUAGCCCAAAUUUUGGGUUCCAGCAGCAGCUGCAGGAGUUUGAAAUGACCUUGCUCAAGGAGUACCGAGCCUGGCUGAAACGGGAGUUUGGCAAGAACCCCUUCAACGACCAAGAGGAGCUGAGGCGGCUUUUGGCCCGGCAUGAAGAGAAACAGAAGGAGCAACAACUUGGAAGGAGAGAGAACCGUUGGAACAAUUCUGCCUCAGCAGUCUAUGCCCUCCCUUAUAAGUCUUAUGCUACUAGCAGCAAUAGGUGGGGAAACCGUUAAACAUCAGAGGCAGAUAGGGAGGAGGUUUUCAUUGUCCAGGGAAGCUGAUGCUGCUUUUGACUUUCUUUGAGGGGACAUUGAAAGUUUGGCCUAAGUUGAACACCACACCAGGCAACAACUUACAAGUACAUUUUGGAGAAAACAGGGGGAGCUCUGAGGAAAAGUGGAAUGGCUUGGAGAAGUCAUCAUCAUUUCUCAUUCAGUAAUUCUUGCCUAACCGACUUGGGCAUCAGAACAGUAUAACAGUUUACUCCUGCACCGGAGUUCGCCCUCUCUGCCUCCAAAUCCUACCUGAGUCCAGGUGGCAAGGCGUGGAUAGGAAUCUCAGGCCAGUGGGUUUUGGAUAGACCCAUCUCCCUGUAGAGCGCCCGUUGUGUUUGUUCCACAUCACCAAUCCACUAGUUCUCUCGGUCGUGCAGUUUUGCAGUUUUGCUUUGGUUUUUUUUUUCACAGCAACCUACUUGAUUCAGUUGACUAACUGUAAAUGCUUCAAGUUUCAUUUCCUUGGGAAAUUGGGAGACAAUGUGUCCUUCAACAAAUAGAUAUUCAUGUCAUAAACUUGUCUUAGCAUCGACUCUCAAA